CCGUCAUGAACCCCGAGAGCUUCGCGGCUGGCGAGCGGCGGGUGACUCCAGCUUACGUGAGGCAGGGUUGUGAGGCUCGGCGCGCACACGAGCACCUCAUCUGGCUGCUUAUAGAGCAGGGCAAGUGUCCAGAGGAUGGCUGGGAUGAAAGUACACUCGAACUCUUUCUGCAUGAGCUUGCAGUCAUGGAUAGCAACAAUUUCUUGGGUAAUUGUGGUGUGGGAGAAAGGGAAGGGAGAGUGGCCUCUGCUUUGGUUGCUCGUCGUCAUUACAGGUUCAUCCAUGGAAUUGGACGAUCUGGUGAUAUUUCUGCUGUACAACCAAAAGCUGCAGGCUCUAGCCUCUUGAACAAAAUUACUAAUUCUUUGGUGCUUAAUGUCAUAAAGCUGGCUGGUGUUCAUUCAGUGGCCAGUUGCUUUGUAGUUCCUAUGGCAACUGGGAUGAGUCUAACCUUGUGUUUCCUAACACUGCGACACAAAAGACCGAAGGCCAAGUAUAUCAUAUGGCCACGGAUAGAUCAGAAGUCCUGCUUUAAGUCCAUGGUCACUGCAGGUUUUGAACCCGUGGUAAUAGAAAAUGUAUUGGAAGGCGAUGAGCUGCGCACAGACCUGAAAGCCGUGGAGGCAAAAAUCCAGGAGCUUGGGCCUGAGCAUAUCCUGUGCCUUCAUUCUACCACAGCCUGUUUUGCUCCAAGGGUGCCUGAUAGAUUAGAAGAACUGGCUGUGAUUUGUGCUAAUUAUGACAUUCCGCAUGUAGUCAACAACGCUUACGGAUUACAGUCUUCAAAGUGCAUGCAUCUCAUUCAGCAGGGGGCUCGAGUUGGUAGAAUUGACGUUUUCGUUCAGAGCUUGGACAAAAAUUUUAUGGUUCCAGUAGGUGGUGCUAUAAUUGCUGGCUUUAAUGAUUCCUUCAUUCAGGAAAUCAGCAAGAUGUAUCCAGGAAGAGCUUCAGCUUCGCCAUCCUUAGACGUCCUCAUCACCUUGUUGUCACUCGGCUGCAAUGGCUACAAGAAGCUGUUGAAGGAGAGAAAGGAAAUGUUUGCCUAUUUAUCCACCCAACUACAGAAGUUGGCAGAGGCCCACAAUGAAAGACUACUGAAGACACCUCACAACCCCAUAUCCUUAGCUAUGACACUUGAGACGCUAGAUGGGCACCAAGACAGAGCUGUCACGCAGCUUGGCUCAAUGCUUUUUACCAGACAGGUCUCUGGAGCCAGGGCUGUGCCUCUUGGGUCUGUGCAAACUGUGAGUGGCCAUACUUUCCGAGGCUUCAUGUCCCACACAGAUAAUUACCCCUGUGCUUACCUCAAUGCAGCCGCAGCCAUCGGGAUGAAGGUGCAGGAUGUGGACCUGUUCAUAAAGAGACUUGACAAGUGUUUAAACACAGUAAGGAAAGAACAGAGGAAAGCAAGUGCUGUGUCUGGAGCUGACGGCAACAAAGCUGAAGAUGCCGACGUUGAGGAAAUGGCUUUGAAACUAGAUGAUGUGCUUGGUCACGUGGACCGAGGCCCUGCUUUAUGACAGUGCUCUUUUUGCCAGUUCAUACGUCAGCUUAAUACAUGCAAAGUUUUUGAAUUGAGAAUUUUAUGGAGAAUAUUUCAUCAAGGAAGAGACUGGUGUGAGGGUAGCCAUUGGUGAUUAUUUUUCUAUCCUUAGAUUGCCUCAGUCUUUAUGAUUCUUAACAGGUUAUAACAUGCAGUUGCAGUGAACACAAUUCAGACGAUUCUUACUAAUAUAAAAUAUAAAGCUACAUGUAAUUCUCAUUCAACUACAGAGUGCUGCUUCUUAGCCAUUCUUCAGCAUUCAAAGAGUUUUUCCCCCAAUCACACAGAAUUGAGAAAGAUCUGUUUCUAAUGCUGCUAAGUACCAGAUGUUUAUUUAGCUGUCUCAGUGCCUAUAGAAGGGACGUUUCCCAAGGAAACAGAGCCAAGUCAUAAGCUUAAGGGCAAGUGUCCUCAACUGGACUGGCUUCAUUGUAUAUGUGUGGAAUUCUGGAGUGACUGGAAUUCUAUGCCCAGUACCCCUAACCAUAAUUUGUGUUAGUUAUAGAAAACAAAACAAACAAACCCAACCAACCAAACAACAAAAACACCAAAAACAAAACAAAAACAAGACUGUGGGCUUAGUGAAACCUCUUGGAAACAACUAUGCCAAAGCCGUGUUUCUCAGACGUGCUCUGCAGAGCGUCACUCCACCCAAAGCAUAUUCAUGGGGAGAAGGAGUCAUAGAGGAAUAAUUGGGGGACAUGCCUUUGUAAAUUUGCUCCUGGUGUAUUAAAUGCUACAAGAGGAUUUCUUUAGUAAAAUGGGCCUGCUUUUCCCAACACAAUGGAUCAAAUGCGUUAACCUCUGGAUUCUACUCUUGUAUUGGUUUGGCACCAAGCUGUAUAUAUGAAAAGGGAGUCUUCCUUGUAUAUGAUCUUAGAGGGUUUAUAAAGUUGAGCUUAGCGGGAAAACGUUUGGAGUGUGUAAGUUGGACCCUGUGAGCCACUGAUGAACAUGCAAGUCAAGGCUGGAUGGAGAUAAAGAACUCACUUGCAGAUAUUUAGGUGGUUCCUAAAUGUAUUCUACCUUUGGGGACCAGACACUAAAGUGGCUCUUAGGUAACUAUAGUAAUUUAUAUGGGAGUAAAUCCUGGAUUGAAAAGCUCUGUUCAUUUUCUGUGUGGAUCCGGGACUGCACCAUAGUGAGAUGAAGCCACAGAGGCCAAGUCUCUGUGGAGCCUACGAGGGAGGGUCAGAUGAUGCUGCUGGUGGAAAUGCUGGCAAUGCAGCUUCCUACGCAUCAGGCCAAAAUGAUUUUCUAGAACAAGUGAUCUAUACUGUGUGAUCAUCAUUUUGCUUAAGAAAGGCCAGAGUCCAGAGACGAGAUGCUUCCUCAUCUGCCGAGUAUCAGCAGUUCUUGGGCGUCAGCUGCUGAAUAGAUAAUAAUUCUAAUUGAAGAUAAAUUACAUGAACCCACAUGUGAAUGAUAGAUAUGGUAUAACAUUUUAUUGCUGGUGCAUAAAAUCUGCUGCAGUUUUGGUUAUUAACCCUUUCCUUUUUAAGCACUUUUAAAUUCCAGCUCUGUUCCUCCUGGCUCCAUGCUUGACCCUAAGGUCACAGAACUCACAGUGGAGGACACCGUGCAGGCCUUGGCUAAGACACUACUACUGUGGCCCAACUCCUCUUAUAAUAAGGCCUUAAAGUAGACUUUAGAGGUUGUUUCUUAAAGGCAUUGGGCUGGAGCACACUGCCUAGAGAAGAAAACUGAAUCGCUGGAUGUUUGGUCUCUGGUGCAUCUUACUCACAUUGCAGGGAGAGGUGUUUUCAGUUGAGUCUUAAUUUGGCCCUAGGUCUUUGCUGAUGUGUUCUCCCUGUCAGGGAUGGUGUGACAGAGCCUUGUAAGCCUGUGUUAACUGUAAAUCUUCCUACUGGCUGUGGUAGUAGUUGAAUGUAGCUAUACAAGAUGACUUAUGUAAUACAGUUCUCUUCCACCUUUGAUGUACAAAUGGUAAAUUUAAGUAUGAUUUAAAUAAAUAUUUUUCUAAUUCCUUG